AUGCCGCCCGUACCGCCGUCGACGGGCUUUCAGGCCAUUGUCCUCUGUGGACCCGGUGUUUCUCUCAACACCUUUACGAGCUCCGGCAAUAUUCCCAAAUGCCUUUUGCCUGUCGCAAAUCGGCCGAUGAUCUUCUACAUGCUAGACUGGCUCAGGCGAUCUGGGAUUCAUGAUGUCACUCUCAUUACCCCUCCAUCCGCCCUCGCUUCUAUUCGGGCUGCUCUGCAGCAAAAUCCAUACCUCACAGCGCUUCCCACCCCAACCGUCAUCGCCGCGGGUAACUCAGAAAUGGGAACGGCCGAAUUGCUGCGCCAGCCGGAAGUGCAGUCCCAAAUUAAGACCGACUUCCUCCUCCUACCUUGUGACCUGGUCUGCGAAAUCCCCGGCGAAUCUUUACUAGAGGCAUGGAUGGUAUCUCGAAGCACAAUCCGGGAAGUGCGUAAUGCCCGCGGCUCCUCUACUACCAAUGGUGAUGCAGGUGGCCGGGGCGCCACGGCUCCUCUCGAGCAAGACGAGGCACCGGCGGUAUCGCACCAAGUGGAUGGCCCGUUGGCGCUUCGAUAUGGCCUUUCCAAGCUUGUAAUGUCGGCUCCUAUGAGCACUAUUAGGGAACAGAUUGAGGCAGAUAAGGGCAGCUUCCUCGUGCGCCACUCACUGAUGGAGGCUAAUGCGCGAGUAAAACUUCUCACGACUUUCCGCGACGCACACCUAUACGUCUUCCCUUACUGGGUCAAAGACUUGUUAGCGAAGGAAGAACGAUUCGAUUCGAUUAGUGAGGAUCUGGUUGGCUAUUGGGCCAAGGCAGGAUGGCAAAAAGGCUUAGGAGAAAAGCUCGGAAUAGAUAAGAUUCUGCACCAGGAGAGCAGCAAGCUGGACAGUAGCAAACUGGACGAGAGCGCAAGCUUAGAUGGUGAAUCUCUCGAGGAUGAGAUUGAUCUUCAAGACAUGAGCACAACCAAGGCCGGGCCCGGUACGAACAGCCAGUCUACCGAAGUUCCGCCAAUACUCGCCUAUGUGCAAAAGAGUGCCGCACCAUAUGUUCGACGGGUCGAUAGCUCUGCUGUGCUAUUAUCUACAUCUCUCCGACUAGCUAAGCUCGAGUCCAUUGAAGACGUCGGUCGCCAACAUUCACCAUUCGCGCACAAUCAGAAGGUCGCUAACCCCGACGGUGUGGCCCAACGGUGCACUGUUACAGCAAGCGAUUGCUUACUUGACCAGAAUGUUACGGUCGAGCAGUUCGCUGUGAUCAAGGAGACCGUCAUCGGGGCCAAUGCUCAUAUCUCCUCCGGCGCUCGUCUCACUAGGUGCGUGGUCAUGGAUGGAGCUGUCAUCGGUCCUCGCUCCACGCUUACUGGGUGCAUCAUCGGUCGCAAUGCCCGUGUCGGUCGCGAGUGCCAGCUUGCCCACUGUGAGGUCCAAGAUGGCCUCCUUGUCGAGGAUGAGACCGAAGCUAAAAAUGAGAAAUUCAUGGCCUUCGAGGGUCUUGACCAAGACGGCGAGGGCGAAAAUUGGAAGGAUGGGGGUUCUGAAGAUAACGAGGAUGACAAUUUCUGA